AUGCUGGGGCUGCGGGCCACCUUCUUUGCCGUGGACGAGCUGGUGAAGCUCUUCACGCUCCUGCCCUACGCGGUGUCGGUGAUCCUGAUCUUCAUCGGCACAAAGCUGGUGCUCCGUGGCUGGAUCCACAUUCCAGCGGAGGUGGUGUGCAUGACCCUUGUGGGCGUCCUCUUGGUGAGUAUGGCCGCGUCGAUGGUGUACGACCGCUUGUAUCCCAAGGAUGACGACGAGGACAACGCGGAAACCUGA